UCUUUUUUAUUUACAAGAAAUGCGGUUUCUUUAAGCAUUCACAUUACCGGUGUUCCUACGUUGUGUAUGUAUGUCAAUAUCAUCCUUUUUGUUAAAUUUUCAAUAGUGCGUCCCUGGUACUACGACUUUGAUCCCACGCGACCGUAUAGUGCUGGGAAAUUGUUUUCGCAGUAGCCAGCGAUAUGUUGCCGGUCAAACUUUUGCUCCUUUUGUGUUUCUCCACCUGCUCGUACGCCGCGAGGAUCCUCGCCGUCGUCUUCAUACCAUCGCUGAGCCAUAACCUCGUCUUCAGACCUAUUUACCGUGAGCUAUCGCUUCGCGGUCACCAGGUAGUAGCUGUGGCCCCAAACCCUCUAAAUGACUCGAGUCUUACCAACCUAACGGAAAUAGACGUGUCCUACGUCUACGAACGUAACAAAAAUAUCCAAUCUACUCUAAAUUUCGACUCCUACACCGACUUCUGGGACAACACGUUCCAAUGGAUGAUGUUGUCCGCCGAAGACAUUCUCAAAGACUCCAGAGUGCAGCAACUUUGCGAAGGUGGCGAUAAAUUCGACCUGGUGCUUUUGGAGGCACUUCUGCCGGUGUUCUACGCAUUUGGAACCAAAUGCGACGCACCCACAGUAGGGAUGAUCAGUAUGGACGGGAUGUUGUCCACUCAUACGGUUCAGGGUAAUCCAAUCCAUCCUAUUUUGUUUGGCGACAUGUUACUGUCGUAUCACAAGCCGUUGAGCUUGAUGGAGAAGACAUGGUAUGUGUACUACUUCAUUUGGUACAAGUGGUACUAUAACUAUCGGGUGGUGCCGCAAUGCGAUUCGAUGGUACGGAAGUACUUGGGUCAACAGCUUCCUCCAUUGGAGGAGAUCGAAGCUAAUUCGAGCAUGGCGUUUAUUAAUACCAACGUGGUAAUGAAUUCUAUAAGGCCGAUGUCGCCCACUGUAGUGCCAAUGGGUUUCGUUCAAAUCAGACCUCCGAAUCCGCUGUCCCAGGACCUCCAGAGCGUUCUAGAUGAUGCGAAACAGGGAGCAGUGUACUUCAGUUUCGGAUCGAACACGCAAAGUUCCCAUUGUCGACUUUUCAUCAUCGUCCUUAGGUAUCACGAUAGGGUGUGCGAACUCAAGAGUAUAGUCGAAGAUCAGCCUAUGACGGGACUGGAACGAGCCGUGUGGUGGUCAGAAUACGUCAUCAGACACAGGGGCGCCCGUCACCUGAGGAGCGCGGUUGCUGACGUUUCACUAGCAGAGUACCUGUUGUUGGAUGUACUGGCGGCGGCGUUGUCGGUUUUAUUAAUCGCUGGGAUCGUUUCGUACAAACUGGCAAGGUUGGUUGGAAAACUGACGUUCUGCGGCUGCCGCCGAAAUAAACAGAAAGAGUCUUGAAAGUUUCACUAAAGAGUACGCGCGAGACAAGUAUUUUUUUAAUAAAUCAAUUUAAAUAAAAUGUUAUCAAAAUAUUAAUUUAUUGUUAAUACUGAAAUUACUCAUGACUAUAUCUCUACGACUUGUAUAAUAAAUGACUAGGUUUUAUAAAAAAAACUCGUUAGAUGUGGUGUUUUGUGAAAUAGUGAAAAUAAUUUAAUACAUAAUUUCACUGACGUUUCUACAAUUGUUGUCUUUGUCUCCUUAUUUUCGGAGGUAUGAAAUACUUUUCGAAAUACCAAGUUAAAAAUAACUUGGAAUGAUUCUUUGAUACCCUUCAAAAUCCGCUUUUUAUUCGUUAUAGAGAAAGUUUUAUAUUUCUUUUUUACAACAACAAACUUUUGAGAGAAAAAAAGAUUUCGAUAAUUACAAUUUUUACCAAUUUGAAUAUGAUUUAUCUAUUUCACUAGUUUUUGAAUAAAAAUUUUGUAAGUGUAUGGAGAUAUUAAUAAAUUG